AUGUUAUUACAGGUGAAGAGUAACUGUGGACAUCCAGAGGAGGGUCAACCCAAACCGGCAUGUGGACACGGUGUGUUCGAGGAGACGGGCGUGCGGUCGGAGUUCCGGGCGCUGCUCAGCGUGCGGCAGCAGCACGACCUGCCCGGCGCCUUCGGGAUGUCGGACCUGUACCUGAUCUGCCGCCUGACCCCGCUCAGCCACGAAAUCGACUUCUGCACGCAGGAGUGCCUGCGCUGCGAGUGGCUGGACCUGGCCGAGCUGGCCCGGACCCGGGAGACCACGCCCAUCACCAGCAGGGUGGCAAACCUGCUAAUGCGGGGGCUGCAGGACGGGUUCCAGCAGGUGGAGCUGCCCAUGGAGCAACUGCCCGCCGUGCACCCCGGCAGGGUCUACCAGCUCUACCACAGACCCAUGCCCAGCCAGGAGCAGAGCCCAGUCCGGGUUUAG